GGCAACAACAUAGUUGCCUACGAGUGUUCGACAGAAUCGCACGUAUGUCGCGAGUAUCGGAAUAAAAUUCGUAAAUCUUUUAGUGCCAGUGUUUAACAUAUUUAUUUUUGUUUUUUAAAACACAACAUGGUUACUAUCGUACAAUAAGAUAAAUUGAUGUGAAGAAACAUGGAAAUCCUGUCGACAAUUGUGAGAUGAGCACAUUAAGAAAAUGAACAAAUAAUUAAAAUCAUACAUUAUGAGUCUAAACGUAUCUAAUGUUACUCGGAAUAUUACCCUCAUAGGGUCCGUAGAUCCUACUCUCGUGUUUGGACCUCAACGAGAUUCCUUGUAUAUAGUUCUACCAAUAACAAUAAUCUAUGCAAUGAUAUUUGUAACAGGGUUAAUAGGAAACAUUUUCACUUGUAUAGUAAUAGUACGUAACAAGAGCUUACGUACUGCAACAAAUUAUUACUUGUUCAGUCUAGCUAUAUCUGAUCUGCUUUUAUUAGUAAGCGGUAUGCCCCAAGAGGUUUAUUCAAUCUGGUCAAAAUGGCCAUAUAUAUUUGGCCAAUCGUUCUGUGUGAUUCGGGGCCUGGCCGCCGAAACUUCGACAAAUGCAAGUGUUUUAACAAUAACUCUUUUCACGACCGAGAGAUACAUGGCAAUUUGUCACCCCUUUGUAUCCCAUAAAAUGUCAAAGUUAUCGAGGGCUAUAAAACAUGUGAUUCUUUUAUGGAUAGCAUCCUUCAUAUUAGCGUUACCGCAAGCGCUACAAUUCGGUCUGCGGAAUCACCAGGGAGUCAUUAUGUGUCUUCAAACACGUGUGAUAAUUCCUCAUUCCUUUGAAAUUUCGACAUUUUUUUUCUUCUUCACUCCAAUGAUAGCUAUCACGGCUCUUUAUUCUCUGAUAGGUUAUAGAUUGAAAAGAUCUCAAGUCGAUAGAAAUAAACAUCAACAUCCGAAUUUAGUGAGACAUCUUGCUUCAAUAGACAAAGUACGGCAAAAAAAUCAUCAAUCAACCAGAAGGGUCAUUAAAAUGUUAGUUGCAGUUGUGGUCGCGUUCUUCGUGUGCUGGGCGCCUUUCCACGCGCAGAGACUUGUCGCUAUAUACGGCACUCGCGAAGACCAUCAUGCCAAGUCGCCAAUACUCCUCGCCAUCUAUUCAACACUCACAUACAUCUCUGGUGUAUUUUACUACAUGUCUACGUGCAUUAAUCCAAUAUUUUAUCACAUUAUGUCUAACAAAUUCAGGGACGCAUUUAAGAAUUCAAUGGCGCAUUGGUGUUGUGGCAGUAAAGACCUAUCCGGUAAUAAGCAAGAUUUUUACACCGCGAUACCUCUGUCUCAAAGAACGCUUUCCAAUGGCACUAAAAAUUCUGAUAAAUCUAAUGGCAACCGUUCAUCAAAGAGAAAAAGCUCCGAAACACCAGAUAAAGCGAAGAAUAUAUCAGAAAAUCACUAUUGUCAGAAUUGCCAUGGUCCUUUAAAAAGAACUGAGACUCCACAGUUAACGGAAUUAAAACUGAAAAAUGUCCAAGAAUUGUCCGUGAAAAUUAAUAUUUAAAAAAAAUUAAACAUAAAAAGAAAUUAAAUGUAACAUUGAAGAAAAUUAACAAAUGAUUUUAUAAUUUACUUGAUAUAACAUCGAUUAUAAACAGUUCAAUUGUUUUACAAUAAAAUUAUAAAGAAGGAAUGGUCAAACAAACCUCGGUAACGUUAAAUUAAAAAGGAAAUGUAAAUUAAAAAAAAAACAGGGAGUCUAAAAAAGUUUUAUAUAAAAGUUUGGAAUUAUUGUAACGAAUUAAAACAGGGUUGAUUACAAGUGGUGCACACAUCUGUGCAGUAUUGGACUGUUAGUAUUUACUUUUAGAAUUCGUAUAUAAAUAAACAAUUAUUUUCUUUUUAUAAAACAAAAAAGUCUAUUGACAACUUAAAUAUUAUACUUACGAAAAGAUUAAACUUAACAUAGCGAUAUACUCAUGUUGUAUCUCCCUAACCAAAGAGUUCAAUUGUAGUGACACUGGUCAUAAAGAAUAAAAAAUGACAAUAUCUAUAAUAUACACAUUAAACAAUUUGAAUGUCUGUAUGUAAUAUCAAAAAAGAUAUUUAGUACACAUAAUGUAUUUUCUUAGUAGAUAACGAAAAACCAAUUUUUAAACUUUUUGUCUGUAUAUGUCUGUCGCCAAGUCCGCGUUUUUCCGGUAGUGUUCUAAUAAAAGUGUCGCCGCUGUGGAGUUCUACAGUUAUAUAAAGGAAACCAUGAAAACGAAGUGGAGAGAUUAAUACAUUAUUAUGAAUGUAUGUGUGAUUAUUUUUAUUUGUAGUUGCUAACAAGAAAUAUAUGUAGAAAAAUUGUAAUAUUAUAUUAGGGUUUUCUGUACGAAAAUACAUAAAUAUAUGUACGUUUUAAUACUAUAAUGUUUGCUCAAUAGAAUUUCGUUAUAUUUUGUAAAUAGUAUAUAAUUUAAGUUUAAAAUGCACUUAUUUUAGCUAGUCUAUAGAUUAGUUAUAAAUAAAAUUAGGAAUAUUGUUGUUAGUUGAUCCAAAUUUCAAACUGUAAAUACUAAAUUCGCCUUGCCAAAACAUUCAGACUCUAUAAAAUGACAUAGUCUGUAGUCUGCAUUUACGUUAUUUUAUGUAUAAAUAUAGAUGCUUAAUUUUACGUUAUAAGUAAAUAUAUUUAAGCCUGUCUUACUUUUUUAAAACAGGAUAUGUUUUACCUUAUAUAUUGAUUGUAUAUUUUUUCUUUCUUUAUUAAACAAUUUCUGAGUAGCUCUGCUUGGCACAAUCGCUGUUUCUAUGUACUUACAAAAAGCGUAGAUAAUAAAUGUCGUUGAAGACAAUAUUAAAUGUCAAUUUAGUGUUAAUUAAUGUGACUUACUUGCGCCCUCUUCCGCGAAGCUUUCAGAAACCGGCCUUUAAAGAAAUAAAUGUGUAUCUCUUGUUACUCUAACAGA